CUCUCUCUCUCUCUCUCUCUCUCACUGUAUGUUUGUGUCAUAGAUGAGUUUGUGGGUGUGGGUGUUUGCGAGCUUUUGUUGUUUUGCUUUUUUACUUGUUUUGAGUGCAACUGUUUGUUUGGAUUUCCCUGUCCACUUUGUUCUUUUGUUAAUCUCGGAAGAGUCCUAAGCGGCUGAUGCUUUGGAGUUUUUCUCGGCUUCUUGUCGAUUUGUUUGUUGUUUCAGAUCAAUUCCAAGCACAUACAUAUGAGAUAGCGAAGGGGGAGGAGGAGGAAGACUGUCAAUCCAAAGAACAAGCCAAAGGGCGACCGGAAAGGAGUAGUCUUGUUCUCGUUUUUGAGUAUAAAUCAAGAGGCGAUGGCAUCGAAUUCAUCGGCUGCAGCGUUCUUCGGGAUUAGGGAUGGGGACCAGCAAGACCAGAUUAAGCCGCUGAUAUCACCGCAGCAGCAGCAGCUGGCAGCGGCGCUGCCCGGCGUGGCAUCCGCUGCGCCCGCGGCGUCCGGCCAUGGCGCACCGACGGCGGCACCGCCACCGCCCAAGAAGAAGAGAACUUUACCAGACCCCGACGCCGAGGUGAUCGCGCUGUCGCCGAAGACGCUGAUGGCGACGAAUCGGUUCGUGUGCGAGGUGUGCAACAAGGGGUUCCAGCGCGAGCAGAACCUGCAGCUGCACCGGCGCGGGCACAACCUGCCGUGGAAGCUGAAGCAGAAGAACCCGCUGCAGGUCCAGCGCCGCCGCGUCUACCUCUGCCCGGAGCCGACGUGCGUACACCACGACCCCGCCCGCGCCCUCGGCGACCUCACGGGGAUCAAGAAGCACUUCUGCCGCAAGCACGGAGAGAAGAAGUGGAAGUGCGACAAGUGCUCCAAGCGCUACGCCGUGCAGUCCGACUGGAAGGCACACUCCAAGAUCUGUGGCACCCGCGAGUACCGAUGCGACUGCGGCACCCUCUUCUCCCGGAGGGACAGCUUCAUCACCCACAGGGCGUUCUGCGACGCGCUCGCGCAGGAGAGCGCCCGGCUACCGCCGACGAGCCUUAGCAGCCUCACCAGCCACCUCUAUGGCGCCACCAACGCGGGCAACAUGGCGCUGAGCCUCUCGCAGGUGGGCUCCCACCUCACCACCACUCUCCAGGACGGCCACCACCACCACCAGUCCCCGGAGCUCCUCCGCCUCGGCGGCACGGGCGGCGGCAGCAGCAUCGCCGCGCGCCUCGACCACCUUUUGUCACCCUCUGGCGCGUCCGCCUUCCGCCCGCCGCAGGGUCCGCCGUCGUCCGCGUUCUUCCUCAACGCGGCGGCAGCGGCGGGGCAGGACUUCGGUGACGACGCGGGCAAUGGGCCCCACUCAUUCCUGCAGGCCAAGCAGUUCCAUGGACUCAUGCAGCUCCCCGACCUCCAAGGCAAUGGUGCGGGGGGGCCAGGCACCUCGGGGCCGAGCCUAUUCAACCUGGGCUUCUUUGCUAACAAUGGCAACAGCCCGGGGUCUAGUCAUGAGCAUGCAAGCCAGGGGUUUAUGAACAAUGACCAGUUCAGCGGCGGAGCAGGUGGAGGCUGCGGCGGCGGGGGUCCGGAGGCAUCGGCGGCGGGUAUUUUCGGCGGAAACUUCGUCGGCGGUGGAGAUCAUGUUCCGUCGGCAGGGCUCUACAACGAUCAGGCUGCCAUGCUACCGCAGAUGUCGGCGACCGCUCUCCUUCAGAAGGCGGCGCAGAUGGGCGCGACAUCUAGCGCGAACGGCGCAGCGUCCAUGUUCCGAGGCUUCGUGGGCUCUUCGCCGCACAUGCGGCCGGCGGCGCCGCACAUGGAACAGAGCGAGGCGAACCUGAACGACCUGAUGAACUCGCUCGCCGCAGGUGGCGUCAGUGCCAGAGGAAUGUUUGGUGGGAGCAACGGUGGCGGCGGCGCGGGGAUGUUUUACCCGAGGCAGCUGUGCGACAUGGAGGCGCACGAGGUGAAGUUCGGCCAGGGCGGCGGCGACAUGACGCGGGACUUCCUCGGCGUGGGAGGAGGUGGCAUCGUGCGCGGGAUCUCGACGCCGAGAGGGGACCACCAGAGCAGCAGCGACAUGAGCUCCUUGGAGGCCGAGAUGAAGUCGGCCUCGUCCUUCAACGGAGGCAGGAUACCAUGACCGACCCAUCGAGCUUACACAAGACGUAAGCUCUCAUGGUACUGAGCGAGACUUGAUCAACAAGAUGCAUGCAUGAGAGGGGUAAAGUUAUAUAGCUAGCGUACUGGCAAGUUAGCAACUGAGUCGCAUGAGUCAGCGGCUGCAUGGGAUAGGAUAGCUAUGGUUUCAACAUCUGAAGACCUUGAGCGAGGGAGAAAGAGGGGUCUUCUCUGACUAUUGGAGUAGAGAAGCUAGUGCUAUUUGGACGCAUGUGAUGACCCUUGCUCGUGGUGGGAGUUGGUGUUCAUGUUGGACUUGUUCUUGUUGUUCGUUUUCCCUUGUAGUUGGAUCUUUGGGUUAAGUAUAGUUCUGGUGAUAGAACCAAUAAGGGUGUUUGUAGCUAGCUCAAUGGGGGUGAUGAUGUGGGGCUUAAUUUGCUCCAAUCCCCUCCUUUUGUUGUUUUUUUUAAUUAUUACCUUUUCACCUGUAGCAAAACAAUAUUCCCCUUACAAUGCGAUUAAUCAUGCUAGUUCAAACU